AUGGGCGGAAUUCAGCUCACGGUACGAAACUCUAAUGUACGACUAUCCAAAGUACAAGACUUUUACCAGUCCAUGACUUCCGGCACCUGCAAGAGCAUUGACGGAAUCAUGCGAAUCGGCAUCAAUACUCCGCCCGACAACGAGAAAUUGGGCAUGGGCUGGACCAGACGGGCUUUGCCACAUCUUCCAUCAACUCUCAAGAUGAUUGUCAACUUCGGACAUGGUUUCGACGAAGAAGAUGUUGCGGGACUCAAUGCCCGUGGCAUAGAGUUUUUCAACACCACAGGCGGGAGCGAGGCGACGGCCGUGGUCGCGGUCUAUCUCAUCAUCUCAGUAUUCCGUCAGCUAAAUCGCUACGAGCGAAUGCUCCGCGACGAGCAGUUCUGGCCAGCCUUGAGGCACUCGUCUCAGAACGCAGUCGAUCCCUUUGGAAAGAAAAUUGGCAUUAUUGGCAUGGGUUCCAUCGGCCAGACCGUCGCGAGACAGGCAGCUGCUCUCGGGAUGGAGGUUCACUGGGCUUUUGCCACCGAUACUGUUUCAUAA